AUGCGGACCGCCGCCGUAUCGCCGGUCGCCGCGGCCGUUUUACUCGAGCCGCCGCCGACGAGCGUUAGCACCGUAGCAGCUGCUGAUUCCUGGGAGAAGAGAACGAGAAGGCAGAGAAAGCGCAGGACCGGUUCGAACCCAGACGAAUUGGCCUUAACCGGUGAAGAUUUGCUAAAGCGCUUAUCAGGCCAGCAGGGAGAUGGUGCUUCUAAUGCUUAUGAUACUGCUGAUGCUGCUACUCCUUUCAUGAAGGUCGACCCCUCUGCGACGGGUCUCUCGCUCGUCGCAGAGGUCGCAGCGUUCCUUGUGCGACUGGACGACGCGGAAUCGGCGUCGCCGCCGUCGUCGCCGUCGUCGCAGGCAUCGAAGAGCUCAGAAAACGAUUAUGACGGCGACGCGGCGCGGCUAGAAGUCACGCGGGAAGUGCGCGCGCAGCUCGAGGCCGCGUGGAAUCUCAGCCCCAGCGACGCCUUACGGGGCGCCAGGCGGAAACCUGUCAGAGGGCGGCGGUUCUUGUCCGCUUCUGCGACGAAGCUGCCAGCAGGGGGGGUGGCGGAGGGGGAAACAGAUGCGGGCGGAAGCAUGGCGGAAAUUGAUCCUGCAGCGCGGAGGCGGGCGAUGCGGAGGAGGUUGCGCGCAGCUGCCCUCGCGAUGGGCCUGCGGAUGAGCGGAAACGCGCUGGGAAUGGCGGAAGAUGGGCAGGCGGAAGCGGAACUGGAAUCGGAAACGGAAGCCGUUUCAGCUUCCCCGCGCGUAAGGGGAAGUGGCGGAGCGGGAAGAGGUUCCGCGAGCGGGGGAGCGGCCGGUGGGAACGCAAUGAGCGAGGAGGAGGUGGAUGCGCUGAUUCGUGACUAUGGCGGGGGCGAUACAGCGAUGAACGUUGAUUGGACACAGCAGCGCGCGUUACUGCCGGCGAAAGAGGAGCUUAGACUGGCGGAACUGAUACAGCGCGGGAACGAACUCGAAGAGCGAGCUAAGACCGCUGCAACCUCAGCCAGGCCCGCACGUGUGGACUCUUUACAGGGCUCUGGUUCAGUGGCAGCAACCUCAGCUGCUCGUGAGGAGGUGAAAGCUGCUCACGAGGUCACCCAAGCAUACGCUGAUGUGCGCGGGAAUGGAGAAGAUAGAUAUGCAGAUGGGGAAGGGGAAGCAGAAGCAGGAGGAAGCAUUGCACGUGCGGAACAGAAGCAGGGGCAGCGCCAUGUGCUGUCGCAUGCGGAGUGGGCGGCGCUCUGCAAUCUGACUCCCAAGCAGCUGCACCGACAACUGCUCGCCGCUCAGGCUGCCCGAACCAAGCUAGUUCUGCACAACCUUCGCCUCGUGCUCUCCAUCGCCCACUCCUUCCGCCUCUCCACGGGAGCCGACUUUAUAGCUGUCUGCCAGCGUGGCCUAGAAGGCCUCACCACAGCUGCCCGCCGCUUUGACCCCGCCAGGAAGCUGCGCUUCUCCACCUUCGCCACGCAUGCAGUUCGCACGGCGAUUAUCCGCGCUAUUCCGUCCACUCAGUUCGUGCGCAUGCCUGCUCGGAGCUCCAUGACCCUCAUUUCAGUGCGCAAGGCAAGAGCAGCUGUGGAAAACCGGGUGGGCCGUAAAGCCACUGUAGCAGAAGUGGCGGCAGAGGCCGGCCUCUCUGCCGCCCAGUGCCGUGCCGCCCUUGCCGCCCCUCUCGUCACCCGCCCCGUCUCCCUGCACGCCGCGUCGCGGGUCACAGGGCUUGCACUGGAGGACACUAUAGCGAGUAUAGAUGGUGGUGAGGGUGGUUUGAUCGCUUCUGCCCCUGCCACUACUGGUGCUGCUCUUGCUGCAACUGCUGCUGGUGCUGGUGCUGCUACUGCUGGGACUGCUUCUGCAACUGCUGCUGUUGGUGGCGGCAGUGGUGGUGGUGUCAGCGCUGAAAGCGGCAAAGGGAGCAGCAUGAGUGUGCAGGGAGGCGCGCUGGGGCACACACGAGCAGCCCUUGUUGCAGUGCUCGACACGCUACACCCUCACGAGGCCACCGUGCUGAGGUGGCGCUUUGGGCUGGGCGGCAAGGACGGCCCAGGCUUUGCAGGAGAGUUUGCAGGGGGAUUUGUGAUUGUACUGAGGGGAUCGGAUGAGGCGUGUGGUCUGCUGGAGCAGCAGGUGCUGGCACGGGCCCAGGCGCUGCAGGGGAGUCUGCAGGGGGGUUUGUGA